AUGUGUGUGCGGAAAGUGUGGAGUGCCCUACUCGGGCUGCUAAUCGUGUCUGGCAAGGCGUCUGCAGAGUCAGCCAGCUACUGUUCAGUGAACACUUUUAACACGAACACCACAUGGAUGCAGUUCACGAAAGAACCUGUGCCUUAUGAAUUCGGCUUUGAAGAUAAGUUCAAGAGUAUCCACUGCUGCGUGAAGGGUUAUAGGAGUAUUGAAUGGUUCAAAGAUGGAGUCGCGUACCCGUGGUCUGCGGGUGUAUCCAACAUGAUCUUGUACCCAGAGGCAGCCAACCAGACGCUGUACGCGCGGCGAGCAACACGGGGCGACUCCGGCAACUACACCUGCAGACUGUCCAAUGAGACUCACGUCGAGGCACACACUGUCAAACUUACCAUCCUAGAAAAACCGACGGACGCACCGAGAACAAUGUUCAUUUCGAAAGACCAGUGGGUGGAGGAGGGGGCCGAGUUACGACUGUACUGCGAAGCUCUCAUCGGACGGUCCCUGUUAGCCGACGCCCGUAGCGACCUCCGGUGGCGAAAAGUGUUUCCCAAUAAUACUGAGGGUGACUUGCUGCCCACGCAGACUGAAAUCAAGACCACCCGCGAGGAUGUGUCUGACAUCAUCGGUUCCUACCUGACCGUGGACAGAGUGUCGGGACAGGACUACGGACCCUACGUGUGUGUCGUACACAGCAACGAUGUCGUCUCCAAGAACUACGUCACUGUUCAUUAUAUACACGACACGACAUGGUGCGGCAGUGGUAAUGUACCGUGGCGGGCGCUAGCUCUAGGCGCAGCUGCGGGAGCCCUGGCGCUCCUGUCUGCGGCAGCUCUACACCGACGGUGCACGCCCAGGCUACUGCUGGCUGCUCGACAUGCGCGGGCCAGGGCUCAACCCACGGCCCGGAGAGCACGAGUUUUAGAGAAAGAGUUCGACGUGUUGGUUUGCUGGACAGCGGUGGACGGAGAGCUGGUUCGAGGGGCCUUACUGCCGACCCUCUCUCUCAAAUACAAGUACAGGGUACACGCCGUGCCGCUCUCCACACAACCUGAUACCUGGUACAGUGAGCUGAUAGGCGAGGCGUCCCGAUGUCGCUCGCUAGUGGCGGUGCUGUCGCCCGCGCAACACUCCCCGCAACAACUGCUCACUGCACUGCGACAACUGCGCGAGCUGCCACUGCCGCCUGUCGUUGUACUACUACAGGAUCUGCCGAAACUAAAACGUGAGGCGAAGGAAGGCGGCGAGAGCCUCGUGUCGACGCUGCGCGGCACGCGUCUGGUGGCGUGGCGCCACGUGCACGAGCGCGCCUUCUGGACGGCGCUGCGCCUCGCGCUGCCGCUGCCGCCCGCGCCCGCACGAGAUACGAAACCAAAUCCAGCUGAGACGGAGGAGAACAAAUACUCUCGGUCGGGGAGCCUGACUGCGCUGGUGUAG